UAACCCAUUACUUACCAAAGCUGAAAUAUUCCCAUUAUUAAUUCAAAACACGGUGCCCCUUUACUCGAACGUUUCAAAAAUUCAUCAUCAUCGCAGUUGAGCAAGAGAAAUAGCAAUGGCGGAAAGUACGGAAAAAGGAAUCUCUUUUUUUUCCCCUUACAAGAUGGGCAAGUUCAACCUCUCUCACAGGGUGGUGCUUGCUCCUAUGACUAGAUGCAGAGCUUUGAAUGGAAUUCCAGGGCCUGCUUUGGCAACGUAUUAUGCUCAGAGAUCAACACCUGGCGGCUUUCUCAUCACCGAGGGGACUUUAGUUUCUCCGACCGCCCCCGGGUUUCCCCACGUCCCUGGAAUUUACAAUGAAGAACAAGUGGAGGCGUGGAAGACCGUGGUGGAUGCGGCGCAUGCUAAGGGCGCCAUUAUUUUCUGCCAACUGUGGCACGUCGGCCGUGCAUCUCACCAAGUUUAUCAGCCUGGUGGAGCUGCUCCAAUUUCAUCAACCGCCGUUCCCAUAUCAGAGAAAUGGAGAAUUCUAAUGCCAGAUGGCUCCUAUGCCAAAUACCCAAAGCCUCGAGCUCUGCAAACUUAUGAAAUAGCAGCGGUGGUGGAAGAUUAUCGCCGGGCAGCAUUGAACGCUAUUCGAGCAGGUUUUGAUGGAAUUGAGAUCCAUGGAGCACAUGGAUACUUGAUUGACCAAUUUCUGAAGGACGGCAUCAAUAACAGAACUGACGAGUAUGGUAAAUCACUUGCAAAUCGAUGCAGAUUCCUAAUGGAGGUGGUUCAAGCAGUGACUGCAGCUAUCGGUGCAGAUCUAGUCGGAGUAAGAAUUUCACCUGCAAUUGAUCACCUUGAUGCCACAGACUCCGAUCCACUGAAUCUAGGAUUGGCAGUCAUUGAGCGACUCAACAAGCUCCAAGCAGAUAUUGGUGAAAAGCUAGCUUAUCUCCACAUAACACAGCCUCGGUACACUUCAUCCGGACAAACUGUAUCCAGGAAAGCUGUCACUGAAGACGAAGAUGCCCAGCUGUUGAGGACUUGGAGAAGGAGUUACGAAGGAAGUUUCAUGUCUAGCGGUGGGUUUACAAGGGAGCUAGGGCUGCAAGCUGUAGCUCAAGGUGAUGCUGAUACGGUGGCGUAUGGUCGUCUUUUUAUCUCAAAUCCGGACUUGGUUCAUAGAUUCAAGGUGAAUGCACCGUUGAAUAAGUACAUCAGGAAGACAUUUUACACACACGAUCCUGUUGUUGGCUACACAGACUACCCUUUCCUCAACAAAGAAUCUGGAAGCCAGGAUCCGCACUCACGCCUUUGAGAUAAGUCUUGAUUAAGAUAAUUUAAUUUUAAUCUUAAUGAAAUAAAAUUAGAAAAGCCAAAAAAGUUGGUGCUUAUUGAAUGUUAAGUUGUCUUGAUUAAUGUCAGUUUUAUGUCUAUUAUAUUUCUAUCAAAUUUACAUAGUUUUAUUUUUAUCAAAAUCUUUAUGUUAUAUGUUUUUAUCUGGGCCACAUGAUAUUGGUGGUAAAAAUAAAUUAGAUGUACAAUCUUGCACAAGUAAUAAAAAUUAAGUGGUUGGACUGUUUGAUUAGAA